GUGGUGUUAAUAGUGGUACAACACCCCCAAUAUCACCUUACACACCAAAUAAUCAGGGUGGUCUUUUAAAUAAUAACAACAACAAUAAUCAAACUGCAAAUAACAAUACAAAUACAAAUACAAGUAGUAAUAAUAACAUUAAUAACAUUAAUAAUAGUAAUAAUAAUAAUAAUAAUAGUAAUAAUAAUAAUAACAAUGGUGCAUCAAGUGGGACUGCAACAAAUUCAUCCAAUUCAGCCAAUACAAGCAUUACAAACACGCCUGGAACGACGGAUCAACAAAAUAAUACCGCAUUAGACUUACGAGCUACUAAUUUUAAUGCAACGCCAAAUCAACCCCAAUCAACAAUUAGCACAACCUCAACAUCAAACACGUUAAAUAAUAGUUUAAAUUACCAAUCAAAUGAGCAGCAAAACCAUCAAAAUACAUCAAACACAUCAAGAACGAAUCUUAACGUUAGUGGAGGAGUUGAACAAAAUCAAAUUAUCAACUUCAAACAAGAACCACCAACCUCGACGACAACGUGCGGUGCGGCUGCUACCAACACCUCAACGAUCGGCGGUCUUACGAACAACAAUUACAAGACCAACGAUCAGAAUCAGAAUCAGAACCAGAAUGCGAGUGGAUUCCAUUUGAAGACUGAACCGAAUGUCACGUGUGAUACUGCACAAGUUACAGGUGCAAAUACACAACAAGUGCAAUCUGCAAAUACUAUCCAAGACAUACCAAUGAGUAUUGCAGAAUCGUUGCGAACGGUUGCCGCUGCCAAUACUUCAAAUAUGUUUAAAAUGGAAACGGAUUUUUGGACGCAAGGACGUGGUCCUCCACAAAAUAUGGCACAAAAUUUGAGUCAGUCGUCAUCCGGUACAAACAAUAAUCAACAAAAUGGAGCACAAAAUGGUUCAAAUAAUUUGAAUCAUCAUGCGUCUAGUGGUGCAUUAAGUUUGUCAGGUGGUGGUGCCGGACAAAACACGGCCGCGACUAAUCCGAACAGUGCAGGCUUGAUGGGUGCACCUCAUUCGCCUGCAACGGGUUCAAUACAUAGUCCGGGUAAUCAUUCGCAAGCGAGCAGUCAAGGUGGUCAUCCUACACAUCAAAUACUGACCUCAGGUACAUUGGCGUUGGCUGCCUCCAUGCAACAGAACCAUAAUUGUGACUCUGUUGCAGCGAAUGCAUUGGCUCAUCAUUUGCACCAACAGCAGCAACAAAUACAGGGGAAUCAGAAUUCGCCUGAUUCGAAAAUGAUGACGGAGAAACUUGUUAGUGAAUUACAGAUUUUAAUGCACAAAAACGCAAUGCAAAUGCAUGCCAGAGAAUUAGGCGUGAAUAGCCUUGCAGGGAAUCUUGCAUCACUUGCAGGCCGUGGUCCUGGAAGUCUUGGAUCGGAUGUAAAACCACAUCAGUGCCAACAAUGUUUGAAAAGUUUCAGUUCAAAUCACCAAUUGGUCCAACAUAUACGAGUCCAUACUGGUGAAAAACCAUACAAAUGUUCUUACUGUGAUCGAAGAUUCAAACAAUUAUCACAUGUCCAACAACAUACCCGACUUCAUACUGGUGAACGACCGUACAAAUGUCAUCUACCAGAUUGUGGUCGAGCAUUUAUCCAAUUAUCGAAUUUACAACAGCACCUUAGAAAUCACGAUGCCCAAGUGGAAAGAGCGAAAAAUCGUCCAUUCCAUUGUAACAUAUGUGGGAAAGGUUUUGCCACUGAGUCCAGUCUGCGAACUCACACCUCAAAGGUGAGCCAUUGUGUGGGUCGUUUGCAGCAACAUGCAGCAUUAUUGGGCGGUCCACAUGCGGCCACAUGCCCAUUAUGUCAUCGACUAUUCCUUGGUGGCGGUGAAGAGUUAAUGGAACAUAUGAAACAUACCCACAAAGAUCCAAACGCUAGUGGCGUAGCAAGUUUUCUUAAUAUACCUAAUGCCUUUGGUACCACAAAUCAUCUGUCGGCUGUGACGCCGAUGGACACAUCAAAUCCGUCCGAUGCUCCUUUGAACAUGUCCUCGAAUGCUUCUAACAAUGCGAAUGCCACUAACAAUACCAACGGCGCCUCGACAGCCAAUCCAACCGGCAAUAUUAACAACUUGACCGGAAAUGGUGGUGUAGGGACUGGGGGGACUGGCACUAGCACGGACUCAGCAAUAAAUACACCUACAAAUUUUGGUGCCGCAACAACUCCUGGUGCUGGCAAUAACAAUGGUGCAGGCAUGAGUGGCAAUACAGCCGCAAGCACGGUGGGCACUGGGGGCAAUGGGGGCAUAGCUACUACACCAACAAACACCGGUGGGGGUGUCACAAAUAACCAUCUGCAACUAGCAACACCAAACAGUGCUGGAUCGAAUCCCGCCAAUUCUGACUAUAUUACUUAUAAUCAUUUAGCUAAACGAAGAACCGCGAACCAUCCUUGUCCCAUAUGUGGCAAACAUUAUGUGAAUGAAGGCAGCUUACGGAAACACCUCGCAUGCCACCCGGAGACCAGUCAGCUCGCAAAUACUGGCCUCAGAAUGUAUCCAUGCUCCGCUUGUCAAGCAGUUUUUACUCAUGAAUCUGGUCUCUUAACACACAUGGAACAUAUGAGAAUGGAACAAAAACAUCAAUUUGCUGCACAAAUAGUUUUAUCACGAGCAGCUGCUGAGCGCCGUGAACGUGAAUUGUUUGCGUCUCAAGCUGCAAUGCUUGGUUUACCACCCUCCGCAUCACUUGUUGCAAAUGCAGCCUCAUUAGCUGCGGCCGCAAACCAACAACAAUCUGGCCAACUAACAUCCGGUGGAAAUCCACCAAUGUCCCCUAGUGCACAUUCAGAUUCCAGUUCUGGUAAUGGACGACUCAGUUCCGCCGGCUCAGAGAAUGGAGCAAGUCAACAGGGUAAUGCAACUGGAUUGUUAAAUAAUAAUAAUAAUAAUAAUAAUUGUACCCCAAAACUUGGAGAUAUUUUAAGAAAUAAUAAUGGUCUACAUGGAUCCCAAUACAACAUGGAUACGGAUCAACUGCAUGUAAAUAGAAUGGCUAUGAUGGCUGCAAUGACUGGGGCAGCCCAUCAGACUGCAGCUGGCAUGAGUCCAACCGAUGUCGCUAAUUUAGCGGCUGCAAUGCGAAUGGGUGCUGUAUCGCAGGAAUUUGGAAAUAACAUACUGCGAUUUCAGGCAAAUAAUGCGAGUAGCGGUUCACCCAAUACACCCCCUUUAAACACGGAUACUCUCACGCAGCAAGCGCUUAUGAUGAGAGCGUCCAUGGACAGUAUGAGAAACCUAUCGGAUAUGAGAAUGGAUCUAUCAAACACUCAUUCACAACCAGAUGCGUUAAGAAUUCACCAAACUGAGGCCUUGCUACGAACCCAAGCUGAAGCUGCGUUGCGAUUAGCGGUGUCACAAGCAGCUGUCGCAGCCGCGACCCAGCAACAGCAACAAGCAGCGAAUGCGGCAAAUCAACAAUCAGGUCAAACUGGUAAUAAUAGUCAGCAAAAUGAAUCACAAAAUAGUCCUCUUGGAAGACAUAAUGGAGGCUCAAAUGUUGGACCAUUCUCAAUAUCACAAGGAAAUCAACAAUUAAGUCCUGAUCUUAGUGAUGCUCUGAAACUUCAAGAAGCACUACAACAAGCCAGACUUCAUCAUCAGCAACCCUGAAAAUUCAGCUAUUACUGAGCGUGCAACAUUUUAAUUAAGUUUUGUUCUUUCUUUUAAAAACUACAAAUUUUUAUUUGAAUUUGUUUAUUUAUGGAAAUUGGUUUCGAAAAAAAGAAAUUCUACAUUUUGAAGAAAAACAACUCAACGCACACUCCAAAAACCAAGAAAAACUGAAUAAGAAGAAGAAGUGGACGGGAUAGGGGACAUCGCCGCGCAUCGUGUACAGCGUGUACAGCGUGUACAACGUGUACAGCAUGAACAGUCAACUCACAACUCAUCAUAUCAAAUAGAAAUUUUGUGAAUCCAAAACACUUAUCCUGUUUU